GAGGGAGGUGCAGAUCCUUGUGUUUCAUUGCGGGGGUGGAAAGGCUUCAGGUACAAAUCACAGGGCAGGGAGUAAGUGUAACUGGCAACUGUGGAACAGGGAUUUACAAGAGUUAAAUAUUGAACAACAAAAAGAAAAGAAAAAAAUGCCGCAGAGAUUCCUGCCAGCGACACCCCGAGAAACGAAACUAUUCUUAUUGUAAUUUAUUGUGAAAGUGAAAGGAACCUCAUUCUGUGCUUCCAACGGCUCAGAGACAAAGAGACACUGUCCCCUCAGUAUGGGGGACCCCUACCUCUACCCUGUGGCCCUAAAGUGGGAUCUGGGGCCCGAGAAACUGAAGGAGCUGAAGAACAAACUGCUUGUGUAUUUCCAGAGCAAGAGCAAGUCUAACGGAGGGGAGUGUGUGAUCAGGGACCCCGACUGCACCCCCGGAUAUGUCCUCAUCCACUUCAGCCAAGAAACAGUGCGAGAUAACGUUCUGCUAAAACCGACCCAUGAGUUGAAUCUUGGGAGAGGGCCCACAGUGAAGCUGAACGUCACUUUACCAACGGGGGAAAGUCCAACCGAGGUCCUGAGAUCUCCAUUCAAGGAAACUCCAACCAAGGAAACUCCAACCAAGGAACCGAAAGCCAAAGUCACUCCAGCCCAGGAACCUUCAUCCAUAGCAAGUCCAGCCAAGAAACCUCUCGAUGACUCCACAGACACAGACACGGCCCAGGAUCCAGGUUCCCCAGCAGCAGGGGGUCCAUCUCAGGAGGCUGAUAACAUGGAACCUGUCUCUUCCUCUAUGGUUCUAAUUGGGAAUGUUCAAGAAACCUGCCCUGGUGAAAUGUUGACCCUACUUGUGGAGAAGGUCAGUGGCAACGCUGAGAUCCAACACCUGGAGAUCAUCCCUGAGAUCCACUCUGCUGUGAUCACUUUUACUUGUCCAGCCGAUGCCUCCAGCUUCAUACAGGGGUUCUCCAGCAGCCCCAGGGCCAAGCAGAUGAAACUGACAGCGAAGCCUCUGGAGGAGACUAAAAGGGUCCUGGUCGAGGGUCUUCCCCCCAACACGUCUGAGGAUCACCUGAUCAUUUACUUUGAGAGCCCGCGGCACGGAGGCGGAUCAGUAGAGGCGGUGCAGCCAAUCCCAGGAGAAGAUGCAGCAAUAGUAACAUUCUGUGAUGCAAACGAUGCAAAGAGAGUGUUGGGGAAGCAGCAUGUGUUUGGGAAGAGUCCGAUAUCCGUGUAUCCUUACUAUGAGUCCCUGGGGAUAACUCUAUAUGGGGAGAAGGGACCUUGUGUAACAUUACCUGAACCCCUGGAGGUGCCAGUCAGUCCGUAUGUACUGGAAUUCAUACUGGGAGACCCACAGAUAAAAGGCGACAUAGACAAGAAGAUGGCAGAUAAGAACUGUGAGAUCACAUGGCCAGAUCCAAACUGCCCCAAUCCCACCAUUAAACUGUCCAUCCCCAGCUCCAUAUCAUCUCAUCUCAGGACUAUGGCAAAGAUUGUACGGACAUGGAGAGAUCAGGUUUCUACAGAAUUCUCCCUUAUUAUUUCCAAGUUCAAAGUCGCAGAGUACGAUGUGAUUCCACCAGUUUGGGAAGCCAUCAAAGGAGAAGCCAGCAGCUCCUCAUAUGGGGGGGUUGUGGUCAAACCAGACCUUGCCAAACACAAAGUCUUCCUUGCAGGACUCUCCAAGGUUAUGACUAAGGUAGAGGAAACUUUCAAAGACCUGGUAGAAAAUUCCACCAGGCGGAUUGAUAGACAAAACCGCAGUAUGGAAAUGUCUGAGCCACUGGCCCCUGCUCUCUAUGAAAUAAUGUGCAAAACUGGGCAGAUGGAAACUAUCCAGUCACAGUCUACAGAGCUCAGAAUUGAGUAUGAUGUGCCAACCAGGAACCUCAAGCUCUAUGGAGUCAAAGAAGAAGUUCUCUCUGCCAAAUGUGAAAUACAAAGAGUAACAAAACAACUGAACUCUAAACCCCUCCCACUGGAUCCCCACAUCAUCCAUUUCUUGGGUUUUACUGAUAAUGAUGAGUUGUCCUGUCUCCUCCUCACUCGGCACAAUAUUAAUGCCAUGUUUCAGACUGAGGGUAAAUCAGUCACACUGACCGGACUCUCCAUGAAGGAUCUGUCAGAGGCAGAAGCACAGAUGGGCCGAGAGUUAGUCUGUAAGCAACUUACUGUAGAAGACAAGAUGAUUAUCAAGGGCCCUGAGUGGAGAAGUCUCCAUACUCAUUUGUGUAAAUUAUUUAACUCUGAGAAAUGCACGGUUGUGAUUGAGGAGUUUCCCCGAGGGGCAGAGAAUCAGGUGGUUAUUGCUGGUCUGGCUCCCAGUGUAGGGAAAGCUUCCCAACAGAUCCAUGACUUUCUGGAGAGGAACACUCCCAUACAGAAGGACAUUCCCGUCACAUCGGUGGCCGUUAUACAGUAUAUAAUGCAAGAGAAGAAGCAGCUUUAUGAGGAAAUAAAACGUAAGAAUGUAAAUGUUGUUAUGAAAGAAAAAACUAUCACUCUGAGUGGGUCCAGACUGUAUGUUCAAGAGGCAGCCGCCCUUAUAGAAAAGGUUCUCUCCUCACUACACACCAAUGUUCUGCGCAUUAAGAAGCCGGGAGCCAAGAAGUUCUGGAUGGAGAAGGAAGAGAUGUAUCUCAGCACAGUCAAGAACAAAUUCAGAUGUGUUGUAUAUUUUAAGAAGGAAGGAGAAGAUGAGUUCACAGAAAAUGAAACAGAGCAGUCUAAUCCAGAGUGCCAAGUAGACUUGCCACAAGGAGUGACCAUUGCAGUCUAUAAGGAUGACCUGACCCGUCACCGUGUUGAUGUUGUAGUUAAUGCAGCCAGGGAAGAUCUGAAGCUCACUGAGGGGCUGGCAUUGGCCCUACUGAAUGCUGCGGGGCCCAAACUACAAACAGAGUGUGAUCGUAUAAUAAAAAGAGAAGGGAAAUAUUCAGUUGGUGAGUCAGUUAUUACUGGUGCUGGUAAUCUGCCGUGCAAGCAGGUUAUACAUACUGUUAGUCCCAAAUGGGAUCCAAACUCACAAACCAGAUGCACCCGACUGCUCCGGAGAGGAAUAAGCAGGUGCUUAGAACUGGCUGCAGAAAAUGGACUCGGUUCCAUUGGGAUCCCAGCUGUUGGUUCCCAGAUGUCUGGCUUCCCUGUGACUGUCUCUGUGCAGAGCAUUGUGGAGUCGGUCAGGCAGUAUGUGGAGAGCCCAGAAAGGUCUAGGAAGGUUACAAGAAUUCAUCUUGUUGAUUCUGCUGAUGGUACCGUUGCGGCUUUCGCUGAGGCUGUCAGGGCUGAAUUUGGAGAUUAUGUCCCGGUCACAUCUCCUACUGACAAUCCCAAUAAAGCAAAAGAUCCACCAAGAAGUUCAGAUGGUCAAGUGGCAAAAACCAAGGAGGGACUGAACAUCACAAUGAGUAAAGCAAAUAUUCAGGAUGCAACAACAGAUGUGAUAGUGAACAGUGUGGGGAAGGACCUGAAUCUGAAUCUCGGUGCCGUUUCUAAAGCGCUAAAUGCCAAAGCCGGUGCCAAACUCCAGGAACAAUUAAGAGAAAUCAGCCGUGGGACCGAAGUGGAAGAAGGUUCUGUAUUUGUCACCGACGGAUUUGGCCUCAACUGCAAGAAAGUCAUUCAUGUUGUGACUCCCGGGUGGGACCAAGGAAAGGGUCCUGCUGAGAAGAUAUUAAAAGAUAUAGUGAAGAAAUGCCUGAGUACCACAGAGAAGGAGAAACUGAGGUCCAUGACGUUCCCGGCCAUUGGAACAGGAGCUCUUGGGUUCCCUAAAGAUUUGGUCGCUUCAUUAAUGUUUGAGAGGAUUCUGAAAUUCAGCAGAAAGAGUAAAUGUCAUAUUGAGGUUACGUUUGUGCUGCAUCCAACUGACACCGACACCAUCAAGGCAUUUUCUGAUGAACUCACAAGAAGGACAGAAGCCUCUGAUUCCAACCAUCAGUCCAAGGAAGGGAAAGCCAUGUUUGGGUCAGUCACCAGCCCGACCCCCGGGGUCCAUGAGAUGAGAAUUGGAUCAAUUACAUAUCAAUUGAAAACAGGGGAUAUAACCCAGGAACCCACGGAUGUUAUCGUUAAUUCAUCUGACAAAUCGUUUACUUUGAAAACAGGUGUUUCCAGGGCAAUACUGGAGGCUGCUGGGAAGAGUGUGGAAGAUGAAUGCGCCGCUCUUGGCGCCCAGGCCACCAAGGGCUACAUCACCACGAAAGGUGGGAACCUGCCCUGCAGUCACAUCAUUCACGUUCACGGAAGAACAAAACCCGAUAGGAUUAAAGCCUCUAUGCUGGAGGUUCUGCAGGAAUGUGAGAAACUAAAGGCCAUGUCGGUUGCUUUCCCGGCACUGGGAACAGGAGCAGAAGGGGUGGCACCUUCAGCAGUGGCCGAUGCCAUUUUAAAUGCCCUGGAGGAGUUUGCCAGCUCCAAAUCCGCCCAAUCUGUACAGCGGGUGAAAGUGAUGGUCCAGCAGGAGGUGCAGGGAGACUUCUAUAGUAGGAUGAAAAGCAAAGAGGGCUCCGGGCAGCCAGAACAGUACUGGUUUAUUGGCAAGAUCCAGAAUAUUUUUAGCUACUUCAAAAAAGCUGAACCGGAGACGCCAGAUCUUGUUAUACUGAAGGGAAACAUUGAACCAGCGGUUUUCCACCUUUGCGGAGAAGACAAGGAGCAAGUGAUGAAGGCAUCCGAUUGGCUGAAGGAUAUUUCAUUAAAGGAACUAAAUGAGACUGAUAUAGCGGAUGAGUGGAUCCGGGAAUUCGAGGACAAAGAGCGCAAGGAAUUAACUGAACUUCAGAAGAAAUAUCCAGUUUCCAUCUCAAUAGAUUCCCUGAGUUCUACUAUGAAAGUCUCUGGUCUCUCCAGGGAUGUUCUGGAAAUAACGAAGGAAAUCCAGGAGAUUAUAAAAGAAGUCAAUUACAGGAAAACCCGGGAGCGGGAGGCGGAGCUCUACAGUAACCUGGUGGAAUGGAAGUACCAUGAUGGCUCCGGGUUUGUUCCCUUUGAUAAAAUGUCCAACCUGGAUCUAGAAAAGGCCCAGAAUGAGGGCAGGCAGAGCCUCACUGUGGAUGUGGGGGGAGUUAAAUACACAGUUAACAUGGAGCGGAAAUCUGCGUUUGAUCCCAAAGGAAAGAAGGUUGAGAUUGAGCGACAGCCUAAAACUGCUUUACCUGGGCACUGGGACCCAAUGGGAAAAGACUAUGUGAAGACUGUGCUUUUGGACUCCGGUACCGAAGAAUUUGUAGCUGUCAAAGGCAUGUUCAACAAGACCUGCCAGAUGAACAUAUGUAAUAUUCAGAGGAUACAAAGCCAGUACCUAUGGCAGAACUACCAGAUUAGGAAGCAGAGUAUUGACGCCAGAAGUGGUUCCACUACCAAUGAGAGACAGUUGUUCCAUGGGACUGAUCACAGCGCGGUGGAGAAAGUCAACAAUGAUGGUUUUAACCGCAGCUUUGCAGGGAGUAAUGGUGAUAAGAUUGGCAAAGGGACCUACUUUGCCGUUGAAGCCAAUUACUCUGCCGAUGACACCUACUCCAAGCCGGACCCGAGUGGCAAUAAACACAUGUACCUGGCGCGGGUCCUCACUGGCACCUUCACUACUGGGCAAACUAAUAUGAUUGCCCCUCCACCUAAGAACCAAUCAAACCCCACGGAUCUGUAUGACAGCGUAACGGAUAAUAUCAACCUACCUUCAAUGUUUGUCAUAUUUAACGAUAUCCAGGCCUAUCCCGAGUAUCUCAUCACGUUUACAAAAUAAAUGGCAAACAGGGCGGCCAACUGGCCGGUAACAGAGAGGAGUGAAUGGGGUAACUCCAGUGGCAAAUGGGUCCUACCAUUCCCUUGUUACUAAAGCAAGGGCAACUAUAUUCAGUAUAGAGAUUUAUUUAGCCAGUUUAGCCAAUUUAUUCCCUUUAGUCGUUAUUAAAUCGUUUCUUUUAUCCCUCUGCUGUAUA